UUUUUUCCCGGGGUUUCUAUUUACCCAACCCCCAAGGAAUCGAGUCUCUUUUUCUCCCUUGGACUUAACGGGGAUGUAUAUUUUCCUCAUCAAAAGAGGUCGCGCUUCAGUGCCCCGAUUGUUUUGUCUGGAGAAAGGUUUGAGCAGAAGAAGCCAUCGAUUGAGAUUCUCCCUGAUGAAUGCUUAUUUGAAAUCUUCAGACGACUACCUCGAGGCCAAGAGAGGAGUUCCUGCGCUUGUGUAUCCAAGCGCUGGCUUACACUUGUUAGCAACAUCCGCAGAAAUGAAAUAAAUGACAAGGAUGGAGUUGUUUCUGAGGUUGUAGAUCAUGAUGUUGAGGGUGAUGGAUUCCUCUCUAGGAUUUUGGAAGGAAAGAAAGCAACGGAUGUUAGACUUGCUUCUCUUGCUGUUGGAACUGCUAGUCGUGGAGGAUUGGGGAAGCUUUUCAUUAGUGGAAGCAAUUCUACGCGUGGAGUGACUAGCGUUGGGCUCAGGGCCAUCUCCCGUGGAUGUCCUUCUUUAAGGGUUCUUUCAUUGUGGAAUUUAUCUUCUAUUGGAGAUGAAGGUCUGUGUGAGAUUGCUGAUGGGUGUCACCAGCUAGAGAAGCUUGACCUUUGCCACUGUCCCGCAAUUACUGAUAAGUCUUUGCUGGCUCUUGCAAAGAGCUGCCCUGCUUUGAAAGAUCUGACCAUUGAUGGUUGUGCAAACAUUGGAAAUGAAGGUCUCCAAGCUGUAGGUCGCAGCUGUCCAAAUCUAAAGUCCAUUUCAAUAAAAAACUGUCCCCUUGUUGGAGAUCAGGGAAUUGCAAGCAUGUUGUCUUCAGCCUCAUGUACCCUGACAAAAGUAAAGCUACAAGCCUUGAACAUUACUGAUGCCUCUCUUGCUGUUAUUGGACACUAUGGCAAGGCAGUGACUGAUCUUUCUCUCACCAGCCUUUUAAAUGUGAGUGAAAAGGGCUUCUGGGUGAUGGGUAAUGGCCAUGGGCUACAGAAAUUGAAAUCUUUCACAGUUACAUCCUGCCGUGGCGUAACAGAUCUGGGACUUGAGGCUGUUGCAAAGGGUUGCUCAAAUUUGAAACAGUUAUGCCUCCAUAAAUGUGCUUUCUUAUCUGAUAAUGGGCUGGUGUCUUUCACCAAAACAGCUAGUUCGCUGGAGAGCUUGCGACUAGAGGACUGUCACAGGAUCACCCAAUUCGGGCUUUUUGGUUCUCUCCUUAACUGUGGUGCAAAGUUGAAGGCUUUAUCUUUUGUGAACUGCUUGGGUGUUAAGGACCUAAACCUGGGAUUGCCCACUGUAUCCCCUUGUCAAUCCCUUCGAUCACUGUCCAUCCGUAACUGCCCCGGUUUUGGUGAUUCCAGCUUGGUUGCAUUAGGGAAGUUGUGCCCUCAACUGCAGCACUUGGAGUUGAGCGGGCUUCAUGGCAUAACCAAUGCUGGGUUUCUUCCAUUGGUUGAGAGUUGUGAGGCUGGUUUAGUGAAGGUUAAUCUCAGCGGUUGUGUGAAUUUGGAUGACAAAGGCAUCUGUGUCAUGGCUGAUCUGCACGGAUGGACUUUAGAAAUGCUGAAUCUUGAUGGUUGUAAGGUCAGCAAUGCUAGUUUGAUUGCAAUUGCAGAGAACUGCCAGUUGCUCAAUGAACUUGAUGUCUCCAAGUGUGCUAUCACCGAUUCUGGAAUUGCAACUCUGGCCUGUUCUAAUCAAAUCAAUUUGCAGAUCCUUUCUGUGUCAGGUUGCACUAAGGUCACCGACAAAAGCUUGCCUUCACUUGGAAAAUUGAGUGAGACCCUCUUGGGGUUAAACCUACAGCACUGCAAGGCAAUCAGCAGUUGUGCAGUCGACCUACUUGUAGAGCAGCUAUGGAGGUGCGACAUCCUUUUCUAAACUAACAUAUAUUGGCCACUACACCGCUCCACCUACUGCCGAGUAUCGAUUUAUUAGCAAAACAAGGUUUGAUCAAUCAAGAAGCCUAUAUGAAUACCCUCUGUGAGUAGCCACAGUUAGUUUAGUUUUUGGGUCCAUCAAUUGUGGGUCUUCUAUCUUCCAGAACUUGGCCCCUUUUUCCAGGGAACACGGCCAUUCUCCCAUUUUUUUGCAGGUAUCCCUUCAUCAGAGACCUGUUACUAGAUUUUGAUUAUCCCAAUAACGGGUAUCGUUUUCUUGGUCAAACUUCCCUGAGAAUACAGUUGCUGGGUUCUGGAUUUUAGGGUGCCUUUUGCUUAGUCAUAUGGUUCUGAUGCUAAGCUUUUCCUUUGCACUUUAGUUUGUUCAUUGUUGGGUCCUUUGUUUUCCUCGAUGGCGGAUUCAAAGUCUUCGAGUCAUCGUAGUCAGUUCAAACUUCCAUGAGAGUUGUUUUUCUCCCAUCGUUUUUACUAAUCUCAUUUGGUCUUUUGAACUUUUGUCGUCUGCAACCUGUCAAACCAUGUUAUGUGAAGUUGCAUCCGCCAUUGGAGGUAGUCAAUGUUUCUGUUCCCACUAUGGUUAUGAAAAAAAUGGUCAAACUUUGAUGUGAAUGAUUGCUAAUUUGAUUUUAUGUGAUCCA